AUGGCCCAGGUCAGCAGCAGUGCCCCUGGGAGGUCCUGGGAAGCUUGGGGCAGAUGGACUGAUGACCGGAAAGCAGGGAUCAACGACACCUCCUCAGCCCGGGAACCAGACUGGACGGAACCGGAUCAGAGAGGACAGGACGGGACAGGACUAGGCUCUGUAGGCUGGGCCGGCACCAUGAGGCCUGGGCUGUGGGAGAGUCUGCUUCCAGUCAGGCAGCUCUGUAUCCUGCUUCUGCUUACAGGUGAUCUGGGCCUGGGAGCUACCGCUACCCAAGGGAUACCAGGGAGCCCGUGUGUUGGCCUGAGUCAGAGCCCCAGGUUCGUGGCCAGGAAGCGGGGCUCCACAUUCCAAGUGGCCUGCUACUCGGCCUCGGCCUUGGUGGCCAACGUGAGCUGGUACCGGCAGCGGGAGCGGGAGCCGGCGCCCCAGGUCCUGUGGCCGGAUGGGACACGGAUGGACACGGUGAGGAAUGGCUCGGGGUUCCUGCUCACCGUCCGCAAGAUCCAGUUUGAGGACAACGGCGUGUACUACUGCCAUCUGGAUGGUGCCGGCGAAGCUGGGGACAGUUUGUGGGGCUGUGGGACGGAGCUCAAGGUCAUGGGGUACAGCACCAUUGCUGAGCUGCGCAGGCGGAACACGCUCAAGGAUGCCAUCAUCAUGGUCCAGACCCUGCUCAUCAUCCUGUUUGUUAGUGUCCCGGUCUUCCUGCUGCUGGAUAAGGAUGACAGCAAGACCAGCCUGGAGGACGAUCACACCUAUGAGGGGCUGGACAUUGACCACACCGCCACUUAUGAGGACAUUGUGACGCUGCGCACGGGCGAAGUCAAGUGGACAGUGGGAGAGCAUCCUGGUCAGGAGUGAGGGGACCAGCUACUCUGCACUCCAGACUCUCCAGACCCCUGCCAGCCUGGUGCCUAAGUAUCAGGGUCCUGGCUCAGCUAGACCCAGAGACCCCCACCCCAAGGUCAUAGCCAGGAGUCCUCAGCUCCCCAACCCCUUCCCCAACCAGACCAGUCACCUCCCUGCAGUGACCCUUUCCUGGGUCACCUUUCAGGGUUCAUCACAGCCAGUGUUGACCAGGCUGAAACCAAAUUCAGCUGGCCACGGGGAGAUGGGAGGUGGGGGGCGGAGAGGGGAAGGUCUGCUCCAGACCUGUGCCCCUCCACCUUCCCACCAAGGUCCAGUCUAGGGCCCUCUAUCCAUAUCCCAACCCUAACUUUGCCCCAAAAGACAGAAUAAACAUGUUGGAAAGUUGCCCGGGGUUUGCUGGAGUCCUGGGGGUGGGGGGAGGAGGGAGUGAAUUUUGCUUGUGUGAGAGAGAGAGAGAGAGAGAGAGAGAAAGAGAGAGAGAGUGUGUGUGUGUGAGGUUCUACAGGGUCUACACCAGCAAUAACCUGGUUUUACAUGGUCAAUCGACUCCAGCAAUGACCUAGUUGUACAAAGCCUACACCAGCAAUGAUGCAAAUCCAGCAAGAUUCCAAUUCACGGAGCUUGCCCCAGUAACGAUCUGGUUCCAUGGAGUCCCCCCGAUAAUGAUCCAGAUCCAUUUGGUUCCGUGGGGUCUGACAAUGGCAGAGUCUUCCUUCGAGAAAUGACAGGCGAGCCCCAGUCCUGAACCUGCCCAGAAGAAUUGAUUGUCGUGUUUGUUUCUUGGGCAAUACCACUUGUGCUUUCUGAUCCUUGCCAAUUGUGCUUCUGCUGGGGCACACAGUAGGUGCUCAAUAAAUAGU